CUACUUUCACAGGGGACGAAAACACUGCUCGUUUCGCUUUCGAACCCGCGCGUGUGGUUGGCUGUCGGCGCCUGUCAAUCACGCGAGGGGGCGGUGUCAGGUGACAUAUGAUAGUGAGUUCCAGUAAGCGCACUAACAGUUUUACUACACAGACAUUCAACAAGCGACAAGGACUAUCACAUACCACUGGACUAGACUGGAUUACAAAACGCCUUCGUAACUUAACAACAGAACAAAUCUGAUGCCAUUUAUUCUACUCUAUCACACGCUAUAGCCGUAAAGUUAGUUGGGACGGACGAUUCCAAACGCACAGUCGUUUCCGAUGUAACAAAGUCAAGUUUUAAAGUAACACCGCUUUAUUUUCAUCUGAUUUUUUUGGCGUUUUGAGUCACGCAUUAUUUUGCCAAUCAUAUGUGACAUUUUAAGACGCGUACAGUAUUGCUGGUACCAUGGCUGAAGCAGCCCAAAACCAGAUGGUCGAGAUUGACCCGGACUUCGUGCCACUCUCCCGGCCGCGCUCCUGCACUUGGCCGCUGCCGCGACCGGAGUUCCCGAAUCCCGCCGCCGCCGACUCCAACACAUCCUCCCCGGCUCCGUCCGUCAAGCAGGAGCCCUCCGGCAACGCGGACUUCAUCAAUAACCUCAGUCUGCUGGAGGAGAAUGAGGACUAUCCGGAUCAGAAACCUCUAAUCCUGUGCUCUGAUUUCCAGUGCCAGGACAACUGCAUCCACCAACAGCAGCAGCACCAGCAGCAGAUCCCAAAUCAGCAGCAACAGGUGCCCGUGCUCUCCUCCCCGGUGGCCGCCGCUGCCGCAGCCGCCGCCGCUCAGCGCAAAAGCAGCUCGUCCCGACGCAACGCCUGGGGAAAUAUGUCAUACGCGGACCUGAUCACCAAAGCCAUCGAGAGCUCCCCCGAAAAACGCCUCACGUUGUCUCAGAUCUACGAUUGGAUGGUGAAGAGCGUCCCUUAUUUUAAAGACAAGGGGGACAGUAACAGCUCUGCUGGCUGGAAGAACUCAAUCAGACACAACCUGUCCCUGCACAGUAGAUUCAUCCGUGUGCAGAAUGAAGGUACGGGAAAGAGCUCAUGGUGGAUGCUUAACCCUGAAGGUGGCAAGAGCGGCAAGUCUCCCCGACGCAGAGCUGCCUCCAUGGACAACAACAGCAAGUUUGCCAAGAGUAGAGGACGUGCGGCUAAGAAAAAGCUGACUCUUCAGGGUGGGCCCGAGGGUGGUGCAGACAGUCCUGGCUCCCAGUAUGGCAAGUGGCCUGGCAGCCCCAACUCUCACAGCAACGACGACUUUGACGCCUGGGCGGAUUUCCGUCCCCGCACCAGCUCCAAUGCAAGCACACUGAGCGGGCGUCUUUCACCCUUUAUUGAUGAUGAACUUGGGGACUCCGAUGUUCACAUGGUCUACCCGGGCCCUGGGUCUGGGGCCAAAAUGACCUCUACCCUUCCCAGCUUGUCCGAGAUGGCUGGCUCCCUUGGUCACAGGGGUUCUGAGAAUGUGAUGGAGAACCUCCUGGAUAACCUUAACUUGCUCUCACCCAAGAACCCAUCGGUAGGGUCAGCCGGAGGGCCUGGAUCUGGAUCCAACCAAUCGUCACCCUCCUCGCUAAUGCAGGCAAGCCCUGUUUACUCUCCCUAUGGAUCGCCUGCUCUGGCUGUGGUCAACCAACAGAACCAACAAGACUAUCGUAAGUGUUUGUAUGGCCAGCCAGCAAUAGGCAGCAUUUCCUCCAUGCAAAUGCAGCCUCUGUCAGAAAGCAAGCCUAGUUUUGGUCCCAGGCCAGGAUCCAUGGGCCAGUUUAACUGCACAGCAGGACUGCUGAAAGAGCUUUUGACAUCUGAAGGGGAGCCUGGAGAGCUCAUGCCCUCAGUGGACACUGUUGUCUCCCAGCCAAGUGGAAGUGGUGGACGUAUGCUUCCUCCAUAUAGCAGUGCUCAGAAUGAUCUUGUGGGGGGCAGCCACGCCCUCUCUCACCCACACAGUAUGCAUGGACAAGCCCCGCCCACGUCUGUGGCAAUGAACGGGCGAACACUGCAUCAUUUGACCACCAUUGGCCACAGUGGUGUUGCUGGGCGCUUGGGAAGCAUUAAAUCAGCUAUGCAGAUGCAGUAUGGUAGCCAUCUUGCUGGUGGGGGAGGACUGCCACCUUACUGCAGCCUAAACACCAACGGAUACGGACGCAGUCCAGGGCUGAUACCCCACCACCAGCAGCAACAUCUGGAGAAGCUGCCAAGUGAUCUGGACGGCAUGCCUGUGGCACGGUUUGAGUGUGAUGUUGAAUCCAUUUUACACGACACCCUCAUGGACGGAGAAUCACUGGACUUCAACUUUGACCCCAUGGCCUCCCAGCAGGGGUUCCAGCCGCACAGUGUGAAGACCACCACGCACAGCUGGGUGUCUGGGUAAAAACUCUUGAUCGGCAACCAUGAGCCGCUCUCCACACCCAUCAAACUCCUCUUCAAGGACACAGACACCAUUAUUCCUUCUCUUUCUUCAGCAGAUGAGGUCAUGAUACGACUUCACACUGCCAAGCACAUUGGCUCAACUCUGAGCUGAUUUACAAGGACGCUUUUCUCAGACAUUUGGACUCAAGUUCUUACCAAGUGCCAAACCAGGUGCCUGUGCUCCAUAGCCAAAUUGACAAGCUUUAGUUUGCUGCCUUUUUCUCGCUGAAGAGAAUCAGUGGUCCUAUCAGGGCAACGAAAACCCGAGGCCCUUACAGCUGCUGCAACACACACACGUAUACCAAUGUUCACACAAAUUUUCAGAGAUCAUUUUUACAACCACAUCCUCCAUCAAAGGCAAACUGAGAUACGUCAAAACCACCAAAUCCCAACACCAGGCAUCCGUCAGCACGAUACACCUCAGAACGGUGAUGCGCAUUGUAACAGCACCCUUUCACUGUUUUGUUGUAACUUCAAAUUGCUGACCUCCAUUUUAUUCUGAGGGGUAUAAUGCAUUCAUGCCAAGCUUUAUGAAGACUGGAACAGAUGUGCAAGUGCAAGGAAUGACUGUAGAUUUAUUUAGAAGAGGUCCUGGAGAAAGAGGACCCCAGAAUUUUUUGCUGAUUAUUUGAACUACGCCGCACACAGCGCAUCACACUUUCAUUUUUGUCCUGUCAGCGUAUUUGACGUAGAGCAGUCGUAUUACAUUUUUAAGAGCGUGUUAUUAUGAGCUAGUGUACAGAGAGUUCAAUCGGGGCAGCAGAUUUACUGUUGUUUUGUAAAUUUGAAAGAAACUGGAUCCGACAUCUUAAUUUUUUGCGAACCUAUAUGGAAGGGUGUUUCUCAUCUGAACUGUAUACAGUACAUCUUUCUACAUCUCUUGUAAAUACAUGAAUUAUUUCAAAAACAUUUGUUUAUUUGUUUGUUGUUUACUCUUAACGCCAUUCCAGCAUCUACGGCUAUAUUCAUGGCGAGAACCGGUUAAUCCCUACAGCAGUUAAUGCACACAUGUUGAUCCAUACACACAUUGGGGGAGACGCAAUCUCCAAUUAACCUAACCUGCGUGUUUUUGGCCUGUGAGAGGAAACUUGGUAGCACUUUAUUUUACAGGAUGCGUACUUACCUUGUACAUAUAUGGUAAAUAUGUUGUACUUACAAACAAUUGUGUGGUACUUACUUUUGAGUAUCUACAUGGUAAUUAAAUUGUAUCAUUACUGUACUUACCAGUUGUACAUACUUGGUAGUUAUUAUGUAACUCUAGAUAAGUACUGGGUAAUACCAGAUACAUACUUAGUGUAGGUAUACUGUAACCAACAAGAAACAAUACACAAUAUAAUACUAUACAAUAUAUACUAGUCAACAUUUGAAGUGGAUCAAACCUUACAUUAAUGUGUUCUCAAACCAAUACCUAAUGACUAGUAUAGUAUUUAGUACUUACAGGCAAGUGUGUGUUAAUGGCAGGUACUUAUAGUGUACAUCUUGCUGAUGUGCCCUUUUGUACUCAGUAUCUUUGUCCUUUAUUGUACCCUUUAAACCCAAGCAUUGAAUAUCGUACACAUUAACUACUGGGAACAUUCACAGUAACUGGAUGGAAACAGGACUAUAACAAAAUGUUGCGUUUUACACAGUUAUUAAGAUAUAGCAUAGUAUGCAUAUGCCACUGUGAGUUAUAUUAACUAGUUAGACCAUAAAAUAAGAUGUAUUGUUGUUAUCAUUAACUCAAUGGGCCCUAUUUUAACGAUCUGAAACGCAAGUGCGAAGCGCAAAGCGCAAGUGACUUUGUGGGUGGAUCUUGGGCGCUGUUGCUAUUUUCCCGGCGGGAGAAAUAACUCUUGCGCCCGGCGCAAAUCAAUAAGGGGUUGGUCUGAAGUAGGUUCAUUAUUCAUAGGUGUGGUUUGGGCGUAACGUCAAAUAAACCAAUCAGAACGCUAUCCAACAUUCCCUUUAAACGCAAGGGCGCAAGUUCCAUGGCGGGUUGCUAUUAUUAUGACGGAUUUACCAGGGGCACGCCAGGAGCGGUUCACAGCCGAGGAGACCGACGUUCUUGUAAGAGCAGUCAAAGACAGAGAAGUUGUUUUGUAUGGGGAUAGGAGAAACCCGCCCAAAUCAGCGUCGGUUAAACAGGCGUGAGAGGAAAUAGCCACAAUUGUCUCAUCAGCUGGAAUCCCCAGGACGUUGCGCCAAGCGCUACAACGAUGUUAGGAGAUGGGGGAAUCCCAAGCUUGCCAGGAUAAAUCGGGCACGCUGUGUAACGGGAGGUGGAUCUGCCUCUACACAGAUCUGCGUCCACCCUCACCGCUGAAAGGGUUUGGGGGCUUUGAAAUCGGACCCAAGAAACGCAAGCAAGGUCCAACCCCAAAUAACACUUACAAAUCAAAUUCAUAUACAUUAAGGUUUGUUAUGAAAACAUUUUAAUUAUUAUUUACAUAAAAUAAACGUAAUACAGCCACACAACAAACUUAUGAAAAUAUUUUAAUCGUUAUUUGCAUGAGAAUUUUUUAACGCAGCCACACAAUAAAUAAAAACUAUCACCACAAUGCUCACCACUAUGAUUCCCCUUAUCUCAUGUGUUAAUAUUUUUAUUGUAACAAUUUAUGAUUUGCAAAAAUAACUGUUGCAUCUGUGUAGAUUAGAUAAGCAAAUUGUGUGUGUAAAAUAGCAUAAUGAACAACGCGCAACGCACCACUGACUUUAAACUUAUUUUUCUGGUCAGUGGCGCAAUUGUUUUUUGAAACUGCAAAAUAGCAUCAGGGAUGGUUUGCGCCGCAACACGCCUCCUUUUUUGCGCUGAACCACCCAGGGAGCGCAAGUUCAUUCCCUAGUUUGCCGACGUGCGUCUGUGAAGGGAAAAACCCGCUGGGAGCCAAUGCAAAAUACGAAUGAUACAUGCGUCACUGACAAAGUCAAUUGCGCUGGGUGCAAGAUAGGGCCCAAUGUGUGUUAUUAGUUAUCAUAUACUGUAUGUAAACUAUAAGUACCUGUCAUUAACUUACAAUGUAAUAUUACUACACUAUACAGUAGUGUUUCUCGUUAGUUACAUUAUACAUAUACUACAUGUGCUGGACAUUAAUUUACACCCGCAUGUAUGUACUACACACUUGGCACGUACAUACAAUUUUAAGUACAGUAGUGUUUGUUAUUAGUUAUCAAAGAAGUACAUUAUACAGUAAGUACCUGCCAUUAACCCACACUUGCCUGUAAGUACUAAAUACUUAAUUUGUAAGUACAGUAGUGUUUCUUGUUAGUUACAGUAUACCUACACUAUAAGUAUGUAUCUGGUAUUACCCAGUACUUCUAGGGUUACAUGUAAGUACAGUAAUGAUACCAUUUAAUUACCAUUAAGAUACUCAAAAGUAAGUACCCCACAUUUGUCUGUAUGUACAAUAUAUUACCAUAUAUGUACAAGGUAAGUACACAUACUGUAAAAUAAAGUGCCACCCACGCUGACACAGGGAGAACAUGCAAACUCCAAACAGAAAGGCCAACUGACCUAGCCAAGACUCAAACCGACCUUCUUGCUGUGAGGCAACAGUGCUACCCACUGAGCUACUGUGCAUUUAGCAAGUAGAAAUAUGAGGUUUUUUUCCUUUUUGUAUUAAUAUUCUUAUUGCUGUAUAUUAUUGCCUUCAGUUUGAGACUUUCGAGAUUAAGCUGUGUAUAGUGCAUUUCAACAAUGUUUGGGCUCCUCAAAGGACACAUCCACAUUUCCUUUACCCAUUGUGUUUCUAUCUUUGGCCUAUCUUCGUUGUGGUCCCUUAACUAGUCAAGUCCAAAGGUAAGAAACAGCCUCGAAAUUGUGGAAAAGAUUAAGUCUUUAUCACCGGGCCCUACAUGCCAUCAAAACCAUUUUUCUGUGUCUACUGUGGUAUACUGUAGAACUACAGCAUUAGGAGAUUCUCCUAUGCCUUCGCUACAGCAUUGAUCUGUUGCUGUAUUGCUAAAGUCCUCUACCUUUUAAAAAAGGCGUAGAGAGUUAUUGACUUGUUAUUUAUUAGGCUGAAGGAGAAGCGAUGUGAUUGAUUCAUGUCACAAUGUAUCAUUUACAUUUGAUCAUAUUUCUGUUUUAUUUAUCUUCUCUCAAAGUGGAGGCACUGUGACGUACAUGUACUAUAAGUUUGUAGUGAUUUUUCAAGAAAAGUACAAAAAUAAUCCACCAGCAUAACCCUCUUUCUUUCUUGCUUUUUAUUUCCAUGUGGCUCUUACUCAGAUUUGAACAGAUUUGGUUGUUUUGCACAUACAGUAUAUGCACUAGACAUUAAAAAGUUUCAGACUUUUAAAUACUGAAGCAGGGUAUUGAAAGCUCAAAUAAUUCAAGACUUGAAACUCUUUGGCAUCGUAAAAUUACUUCCUAAGUUGUGCUGUAAAACGUUGAAAACGAUGCAGAUGUGAAGUGCUGACUAUUGGCCAAUUUGUUCAAGCUUAACGGUGAACGCUAUUACAGGUUUUUUAAUUUUGGGACACUAAUGCCGUGAAAUGACCAGGCUCAAGUCUCUUCUCUAUAAUUUUUUGUCCUAACCAGCUUUUGUUUUGUUUUAGUUAGCUACACCCGCAGCAAAAUCUUAUUGGAUCAAAAAUCUAUAUACAGCAACACAACUGUAUAUUUAAAAUUACUUUCUGCUUCACACCUGGUUAGGAUAGCGUUUCAGAAAAAUGCCAGAUAUAUGUUAAAUUCACCAACAGCAUUGGACUGACCCACACUGCCUCUCACCAGAUAUUCUUUACUAAAACAACUUUUAUAUCCACCAUCAUGAACAUCCACAAUGCAGAAAAUCUGACGUGCAUUUGGUUUAUGAAUUUACCAGAUCCCAUCUAUGCACAUCCAUGUACUUUGAUCAUUAAUAUUACUGCCAUCUCCAGUUUAUUUUUACUAAGAUGUUUGAUAUUACAUGUUUUAUUGAGCCGUGGAGUCAUGUUAAUGUCACAGUUGUUAGUUCAUAGUUCUGAAUAUGAAGUAUAUUUAGAGAGUAGAGGAAUAUUUACAUGCAAGCAUUUUGUACACACACUGUUAUUCUUGUAUUUAGCGGCAGUUUUUAAAAAACACGUAAAUUGCAAAAGGAAAAAAUUAAUUAAAACAAAUUGAGAAGAAGUUUUUGUUUUCUUCAGAUUGUGAAGUUUGGACCAAGAUUUAUUGAAAAAAAUAGAAAUUAAAAUAUUGCACUUUGUCUAUAGAUGUAAUGAGUUCUCCUAGAGAGAAACGUGAAGAUAAUCUAUUUUGAAAAACAAACUGUUACAUUUCUUAACUUAUGUACAGAAAUAAUCUGAUUUACAAUUAAAAGAUGAUUUAAAUAAAGGUGCAAUUUGUUUAAGUAGUUGAUAAAGUAAUAAUCUAUAAAAGAAAUGAUAUUGAAGACAUUCUUAACAUAUGCCAAUACUGACAUAUAUAUAUAUAUAAAUGUGUAUUAUAUCUACAUUCUUUGAGUUUGUCAACAGUAAGCUGUUUGUGAAAUGUGAGGCCAGAGCUCUGGCUUUGCUGUUGAUGACUAUGUUGUGCUUGUAUUCCCAUACAAGAAACAUGCUAUUGCUGUAAAAAGCCAUGUGUAUAUAAAUUAUGUUAUAUAAAGAAGAAUCAAAUGUGA